CGAAAAUAAUGUUAUGAUGCGACUUCUACUGUGGUAACGAGGUCUAAAUGUCCGAUUUACUAGAAGAAAAACCUGUAAUGCCGCCACAGAUUUCCCCUAAAGACCUCCCUAGAGAUGGAGAAAAUUCUGAUUCGGAAGAAGAUGAUCCUGUACCGCCAGUAAUCCUGGAAAAUUCAUCAAGCAGUGACGAAGAAGCUGACAACAUGGACGACGAGGAAGACAACUUGACCCAAGGAUAUGUUCAACUGCCGGCUCAGGAGGAAAGCGAAAGCCAACAAACCGCAGAUCAUUGGUUAUCUCAAGUAUGUGAUUAUUUACACUUUACUUAAGAAAAGAAGGUUUAUCUUAGAUGAAACUGCUGUGGCACUCGUCAGACUCGUGCACACUGAACAUCACAUAAUUAAAGCUUAUAUUAAAAAAAAAAAAUUUGACAAUUUGCCAAUACAAAUUUCAGGUGAUCUUUAAAAUAGUUUAAAGAUUCAGUUUUUCAUAAAUGUAAAGGCAGAGAGUUCCAUGAUUUUGCUACUCUAAAGAAAAGAGAAAAUUGUAAAACAUUUGUUCUGGCAUAUCUAAUUUAUUAAGCUAAUUUAUUAAUUAAUAUUAAUUAUGUAUUAAGCACAUCUAAUUUAUUAAGCUGAAAACAAUUAACCUUACAAAUUGUAGGUUAAGCUUCUCCAUAAUUUAUUGCUCAUCAGUAUUCUGAAAUUGCUCUGCUUAUUAGUAUAGUGAUUGCAUUUGGGUUUCUUCGUUAUGAUAUGAAAAAUCAUAAACAUCGGAGAUAAUUAACAAUUAUUCUUCGAGCCCAAAUGGGCUCUGAGUCCAGCCGAAUGGGCUAUUGACUCAGAGGCCAUGAGGGCGAGAGGAAUAAUUGUUUUAGUAAAAUCCAACUAUAAAGCAAGACUUUAAUCCUUUUUUGCCACCAAAAAUCCAUCGCUUUUCGCUACUAGUGGGCUAUAACAUAUAGCCUAGUAGUAGCUCAACCAAUCAGAAUGCAGCAUUGAUAAAAGACCACUAGUUGGAUUUUACUAAAAAGAAUAAUACCCUCUGUGAUCUGCAUAAUUCUUCUUGAGUCAAAGAUGAAUCCGAGAUUCAAUCAAAAUAAUUCCAGCUUGAAAACGUGCUUACCUCGGUCUUUGUAAAGUUCCUGUCUUCAUAACAUUUGCUUGUAUCUCUGCAGUUACAGGGUCUAAAGGGAAACUGGUCAUUUUGAUUCAGAGUUGUUUCGAUAAAAAUUCAAGUAGUGAAACUGCACAACAAUUCUGAUCAGACAUAUACAAAACAUGGACCACCUCUGUUGACCUAGUCUAUGGACCCCAUUGUGGACCCAGUCCAUGGACUACCCUGUGGACCACCACUAAUUUUGAAGAUGAAUUUUAUGAGAGGUGUAAGCUAAUUUUAAGAACCUUAAAUGGACGAAACUGUGUCAAUAAAUUAUACUUCUUAUCAGGAUUUUGGUCUCCUCAUAUUAAACGCUUGUUCCAAUUUUUCCUGAAUUCCAUACCAAAGGAACGGAAGAGAAGUAGGGAGGAAGUAGUCUUCCUCUGCAUCUUUUCUGUGUCACUGUGUUGUGUGGCAACACAACAGCUGUGUAGGAGACUAGGUCAGGAAGAGGUUAAGGAUGCUGAUUGAGUAUCAUUCUCAGACUUCCCUUUCCUUGAAAGUGCUUGGAAAUGUUUGUUUGCAGCAAACUAGUUGAAUACUCCUUUUGGUAUGGAUCAAGCACAAAAUGACAACUUAUUUUCAAAAACAUGGUUCGUCAGACAUCUGGCAAGCUUUGCAGACAUACACAUGUAACAGUUAUAUGCAGGUCAUUUUGUGCUUGAUCUGUAAGCAUGCUUCAAUAAGUUUGCCGAUUAUAAAGGUUUCUCAUAGACUAUUAAGGGAAGGGAAGUCAAAUUCCCAGCUAGCUUGAACUUUAAUAUCCUUUCCCUUGAUAAAAAAUUUGCUGAAAAUUACCCCUGAUAACUUGAAUUUUGUUUCUUGUAACUCUACUCAGGUGCUAUCCCAUUAGCUCUUCUUGUUGUAUAAUCAGUAAAAACAGCAAAACCAACACUGGUUAACGCUACAGCCAUUUGAUAUUAAUUGGUGCAACAAACAGAUUUCAUUUUAUCAUAAAAAAAUUGCCUAAUCAUGUUACCGUUUUUCGACAAAAAAGUUAAACUUGAACUGCAGUACAUGUAGCACUACAUGUAUACACUGAAUUGCUUCACAAAUCGGUAACUAUCAGUUUUUAACCCCGAUAACUCAAACUCUUGCCAACCCAGAAUGUUUUUGUUUCCCUUCAGCGUUGCAGUUACAAGGGUUCUACUCUAUUUCUAACUUGCUAAUUUAUGAUUAUUUCAAAAAUGAGGCUUGGCAGUGAGAUUUGCUCAUGUGACACAUUUACUUGCAUAUAUGGGCUAUUACAUUUUCAGACCAUUAUUAUUACCAUUUUUAUUAUUACAGAGGUCAUUUACCUAUUUAUUUCAUGUUUCAAUGCUGUUAUUAUUUUAUAUAUGAAAGGAAGAGGAAGAAAUAUCAGAAACAGAAAACACGUCAGUUUGUGACAUUAAUGCUACAAGCAACAGUUCAUCACCAUCAUGUCCUGAGAGAACUGAAGAUUCAGAAAUGAAACAAGGUAAUAAUAAUUAUAAACCAGUAAAAUAUAAGAUUUAGGAAGGUUAACUUUGUUAUGUACUUCUAGUAACUUCAGUGAUCCAGCAAAAGCCCAAAAUAAUGUUAUACUGUUUAGUGCAAAAAAUUUAUGUAUUGCAACCUAUUGUACCUGCAUGAAAAUAAAUACAAUUUUUUAUAUCAAUUUGCAACACAUGAUAAAACUUGCACUGGGAGACGCAAAUUUAGACUGCUCACCCACCCUCCCCCUAAGAUAAUGUUUUGCUUUAAGUGAGAAGUAAGUGUUAAUGUUGGCUUAGGGGAGGGGUAGGUGGAUAGUUUCCCAGAAAUGUAUAAUGAUCCAAUUUCCUUGCUUGAGUGGUUUGUGGGAGCAGGGAAUUUAAUUCAGGCAAAAUCUCUGUGAUCAGGACCCUAUUACUGCUAAUUGAGUCUCUGGUAAGGAUUCUCUAGGAUGCUAGUUAGGGAUCCUGAACAGUAUUCUACAGGAUCCUGAGUUUGGAUCCUCGUCCCAGGGUAGCAUGUGUACAGACCCCCCCUCCCCCCUCCUCAUCCCGUAAUUUUUCCUGAGGGGAGUGGGGUCUGUACACAGGCUAGUCCCAGGGUUACAUGUACAAACUGAAUUAUUUUGGUAAGCAAAAGGCUUUCGUUGAAAAUCAACACUUGCAUGGUAGUCAGCUAAGGAAACCUUUCCACUGAAACAGCCUGUGCAGAAUUUUAAUUAUUUAUCUGAGUUAUUACAUACAGACUGGGAGUCAGAAAGUCUUGUCUCCAUAAAAUAAAAUAAAAAAAUCUUUGUUUUUGUUUCUAUUCAGAACAAGUGGAUCUUAUCAGACAAGUGAUGUCAGGUAUAACUCUCCCCACCUCAGCCAUUCCUGAUUGGGCUAAAGUGAUACCAGAAGAAAAGUGGAAAGCUUCUCUAGUAUCAAGCAUAACAAAUAGAACUACAUCACUGCCAAGCAGUUCAAAAAAAGACUAAACUAUUUUAGAUACGAUAUUAAAUAGAGGGUGAAAAUGAUGAUGUGUAGCUGGCAUCGAAGUCGUUAGCAUUUUCCUUAUAAGAUACACACAAGACUUGCAGUUUCUUACCAAAGGUAACUGCCUGACCUCAGUUGCCUCUAUACCAGCUAUGGAAAUAUUAGAACAUAAUUUGUAGAAUAUAAUACCGGUAUUUGCAAGAAGUUACUGGUAAUACAGUUGUCUUUAGUUCUUGUUUGAUAUGCGCCAGUGGGCUGCUUAGUUAAAAUAAAUACAUGAUCAUUCUACUAGCGAUAGCAUCACCUUCAAAUUUAAAAGGCUGUAAAAGAAUGAAACUUACGAAAGACAUAAGCAAGAACUUGGGCCCAUGUAAGGUUAUCAAGAUACUGCAUUCUGAAAAAUUUUUACUUGUAAAAUCCUGAAUUCAGCUCUGAGAAUCCGAAAUCCCACCUGGUGCAACCCCUGGUGCACGAUAUAUCAAGACAGUGAAUACCAAGUUUCAGUCACAUCACAAAGAACACAACAAUGAUCUCUGGCCCCUACACAAUAACAUAAUAAACUUCACACAAUAUAAUUAGAACGACACAAUAGUAGAUAUAUUGACUUGGUAUAUUGAGCAUCAUCCAAAAUCCCAGAGUGACUUAAUUAGUUGUACCUGGAAUCCAGAAUCAACAGCAUGGGAUCCAGACUAUGCCAGACUCCAAAACUGGUUUGGAUUACGUUACAUUGGGCAAAAAUGACUUGUAGAUUCAGUUAGUGUAGCCAAAUGCUCAGAUUUAUAAAUGGCUUAUUUCUUAUUUUUCUAGUCUCAUAGCAUCAUUGUACAUAUGUACUUGAAACUCGAAACUUGUGUGUCAUUUGCAUGUCAAGACAGCAUAAUUGAGUUUCACAGACUAGAGUAUGAUUUUAAACUGUCAACUUAGAUUUGAGUGUUACUGUCCCGAGGGUAGACUUCCUUAUAAGAGGCUAAUGGGGAUGUGCUGCUGGAUGGGGUCAUAUUUUCAGGACUGGAUUGACUUUAAUGGGGUCGCAUUUUCAAUAGAGUUACUAGAAUGGGGUUGUGCAUUUUCUGAUUUUUGUUGUGAGAAAGUUCUUCAUAUUUACGGGCAGCAAACGUACCAGAAUGCUCGUCCUGUAGGUGAAACGCAAAGUGUUCUUCAUUCAAUUUACAAAAUAUGUCAAUUCAUUUUAGGAUGACCUAGUUAAAGUAGACGCACA